AUGAAUGGAGAUUACCAGUUUAUGAAUCGAAUAGCAUACUCCAGUGAUGAAGCUGUAAUUAUAAGCCUGGAGAGGAAUAUUUUGAGCAGAUGGCAAAAGCAAGCAGAGGACGCAUCGGUCACACAAGAACCCUUUCACAUCUCCUCCCCCAGCACAACGCCCCCUACCUCCACCCCAAAGCCUUCCUACACACACCCCACGCCCACACCCACGACCGGCAGUCUUCCCCUCCCAAAACCCUCCCCUCUCUCCCUGCCGGCGGCCAGCCAGCAGUCUCGCGCCCUUGCUGACUCGCCGGCCUUCAACUCUGCAGAGCCAUCUACGUGCCCCUCGCUCGGCGCUCUCAGCCAGCAGACCCCGGCCCAUACAGACUCACCCGCCUCCCCCAAGUCCACUAAGAGCCCUACAGCCAUCAGGAUUGUGCAAGUCUGA